AAGGCAAACAGCUCACAUACAUAAACCUGCUGCAGGCUGCUUCUCCGCACAUUCACAGCUCAACUGAACUUGGCGCUGGUUUGCCUCUCAAGAGAGACACACCUCCUCGGAAGCUCACAGAGAAAGACGUGCCUUCUGUCUCGGAGUGUCGCUGUCACGCCUGCAUACAUACACUGUAUACAUAGAUAUAUAUAUAUAUAUCCCUUGACAUUCAAGAGCACACACACACACACACACACACACGCUGUUUUACACCACACAGCUAGCGGAGUGCCAGAGGGGAAAGGAAAAAAUGAAUGUGAAGAUUUUCACGCUGGUGAUUUUGAUCUUUGUGUCCAUGCUGUACCCUGUCAGUGGUGGGCCUGUGGCCGCCCCAGAGGAGAGCAAGGACCUAGAGGAAGGAGGGAGCAUCAGGAAGCAACAGAAUGCAGUGCGGAGCGCAUCGGGUCACAGGCAGGCCAGCUGGAGAAGGGGCCGGCGCCCACGACCCCGCCUCUCACACAAGGGGCCCAUGCCAUUCUAGAUCAGGCACGGCUGAGAACACCCUCCCCCAGUUUCGUUUCCCUUGCUCUUCCUUGCCUCGGGGGGGCCUUGCAAUGGGGGCCUAGUCUGGCCUAAAGAGGAGGGUCCUCGACUGCGCCUCCCUGUUUUUCAAGCAACUUUUCGUCUGCCCAGAAGGACAAGCUGCUUCUCUGACAUGAGGGGGCCAAAGCUGCAAGAAUGUCUCUCUUUAUUUUUGUCUUGCUUCUAGAGACCUUUACUUUGCCUCUUUGUAACUCUUCUUGCAUGACGUGUGGCUAAACAGGACCCUUUCUAAGUCAGUGUUAGUCUUAAAGACACUUUAAGAAGGUGUGGUAGCCUGCUUCGGGUUUCGAAUUAAAGGUGGUAGUCCAUUUUCUAACUCGUGGGCUUUCAAAAUCAGUGUUGUUUUUUGAGCUUAAGAUAUUGUGUUGAUUUGAAUCCAAAUUCUGGAUAACACACUAUAGCUGUAAGCAGGAAUCCUGUGUUUGACAAGGCACAGCCAUGUUGUGCAAUGCUGCAUACGGUCCCUAUUAACACCACCACAAAAUCUACAGUUUUCAUUUGUAGCACAUCCAUGAAAAAUGAAAACAAACAGACCUGAAGGAUAUCGCUGUCAACUGCUGAGAUUAAAUUAGACCAAAAUAAAACUGUUCAAUCACUAGACACGUCAACCAGCCCCCUUUCCCUUCACAGUGCCUGCAAUCUGACCAGCUGGCUUUUGGAUUCUGAAUGCCCAGAAAGUUACGGACUGUUACCUUUAACUGAAGGGACACUGUGCCUUCACACCAUACUGCACAUUGUUUUGUGUUCUCAGGGUGCUGUGUUAGAAGCCGACACCAGAGCUUUCUCUGUUCUGUGCAUUCAUCUAUAUAAUAUAUAUAUAUAUAUAUAUAUAUAUAUAUAUAUAUAUAUAUAUAUAUAUAUAUAUAUGUAUAUUUACAUGUAUAUCUUCUUGGCUGUGUGUAAACCACUUGCUUCAUCAAUGUAAUGUAAUGUAAUGUCACAGAAGAGGCAGCUGAGAUGGCAGGAGUGCACCAACAGGGGGCGCCCAGCGUUCGGAGUGUUUUUAGCGCUCAUGAUUUCAAUGCCAGUAAACUCACGCUUUUGAGUCUGAUGGGUGUCUGACAGCAUUACUGAAAUACAAACAUUUAGAGCUGUUCUGUCUAAAUAAUGUCAUCUGAAGGAAAGUCAAAAUGCUCAGCAUGUCUCUAAAGAAAGAGAAGCUUUAAUGUGCCUUUCCCAGCCAGGAUACAGAGUACAUGACACCCUCGUGGUAGUAACACCCCAGGUCUAGCUAGCCUUCAUAAUAUUCAUUUAAGACAAAGCUAAAAUUGUAUUAAUUUUCCUCUUUAAAAUAAAUAUCCGGAACUGAUUCCGACCUCGGAAUCAAUAUAAAUUCAAGUAAAGGCUGCCUCGUGGUUUUGUUUGGAAAGCACUGGUCCGUCUGUAGUGAGGGAGCUGGGAAAAGCCUCAAGAACAGCACCAAGUCUUCAGUAGAUGAAGACAGAAGGUUUAUGGAAGGUGAAGGUGGAGGAGGAGAGGGGGGGAGUGUGACAGACUACAGACAGAUUAUACUAUUUCAUUUUUCACUGUUUGUUUCUUGAAUGUAUUUAAAUCAGCUGCACAGGCUGCCUGGGGGGACUUGAAAUUAGCCCCCCCCCCCCCCCCC